CCUCUCUCUCUCUCUCUCUCUCUCUCUCUCUCUCAACUCUCUCCAAUCAUUUCGAGCGAGCACCGCCACGUCCAUUGAUCGAUUCCCCCCACCCUCAUCUAUUUACGGGGUUUUCUCGGAUCGCCGCCGCCCAUGCCGGAUUCCCGAUCGCUUAUCCUGAUAGUCUCCUGCUGCGCCACGAUCUCCGCGACCGCGGCCCCCUUGUGCGCUUGCUGAUCUCCCUGUCGGCCUCCGAUCAGAACGUUCGACGCGCCCUCCUCGGCAAGCAAGUUAGAUAGAUGGUAGGUGAUGGCGGCAUAACCGACUUUGUCGAUCGCGCAAAGAAGGCAGCGGAUUCUUUUUUCAAGGGAAGGAGGCAGAUCGAAGGCUGGGGUUGUGCUGGAAGUAAGAAGGUUGACUUGAGGUGUCUAAGAAGCACCGGCCACCUGGAGCGGUUGUAAAGAUGAUGCUGGAUUCUGGUCCGGCUGCGCAGCCUGGAACUGCCGCUAAUGCAUCACCCGAGAAGGAUCGGGCAGGCAAUGGUGACUAUGCCUGUGGAGGAUGGAAAAGUAAAUGCUCAAAUGCUCAGCCUCUUCUACAAUACAUUCGCGUGUCAAUUUCUUUUGGGAACAUCUCAUACUUGCAACAUGGUAGGAGUGAGUAGAACUGCCAAAUGCAUGUCGCCUGAAACAUAUCCUUUACUGUGAGUACUCGGUAGUACUUGGUCUGCACUAAUGCGUGGUACGAGAAAUUAAAACUCGUCGACGCAUGCUUUAAUUAUAGGCCUUUUUAGUUUGAUUCGUUGUCCUUUUAUCAUGUUCGGUACAAGUUUGUGUUUUGGUAACAUGGAGGAUGACUCGUUGUCCUUUUUAUCAAACCGAGAUUGUUUUGAUGAGAUGCAUGCAGGUGGGGGGCUUUGUCACCUUUUUCCCUAUAAAAAAGAAUGGAAGAUGAGCAGUAGAAUCAGCAGGUUUCUCGUGCACUAGUUUUAGUGUAACUCUGGCCUUGUUCCUUUUAUUAUCUGUCUAUGAGACGUUUCCCUUUUUCCUAUUGAAGUAGAGCUCAACCACGAAAAAAUUGGCAUAUGGCCAAUACCAAAUAGUUGAGAACUAUGACUUCUUUGUUGUUACUAUUUUAUUCUUUGGUCAUGGCUGGUGAUAAAGUUGUACCAACGAACGAUGAGUCUCCCGGACUUAGAACUGUGCAUUCUGGCUGAACCGGGGACAAAAAAAAAAAAGGGUAGAAGAAAAAGAUGUUGCAGUGCAUGAGGCUCUUGCUGAGAUCGAGGGAGGGAUCAAUUGAGGAUGGAAGUUUAACUUGUGGAUACUCUAGCUUCAGGGGACAAAGAGUCAGCAUGGAGGACUACUGUGAUCUAAAAUCAACUAAAAUUGAUGGGCAUACAGUUCAUCUUUUUGGAAUAUUUGAUGGACAUGGUGGUUCACAUGCUGCUGAAUAUUUGAAGGAACACUUAUUUGAGAACCUCACGAGGCACCCACAAUUCAUGUCGGACACAAAACUUGCAUUAAGUGAAACAUAUAGAAAAACUGAUUCAGACUUUUUAGCUGCUGAAAGCAAUACUUCCAGAGAUGAUGGUUCUACAGCUUCUACAGCUGUUUUGAUUGGCAAGCACUUAUAUGUAGCUAAUGUUGGAGAUUCACGUGCUGUAAUAUCAAAAACAGGCAAAGCAAUUCCUCUCUCCAAUGAUCACAAGCCAAACAGAAGUGAUGAGCGCAAGAGGAUUGAGGAUGCUGGAGGUGUUGUCACGUGGACUGGCACUUGGAGAGUUGGAGGCAUAUUGGCGAUGUCACGAGCAUUUGGUAACCGCCUUUUGAAACAAUUUGUUGUGGCAGAGCCUGAGAUUCAGGAGCAAGUGGUGGAUGAAGAAUUGGAAACUCUGGUGUUGGCUAGUGACGGGCUGUGGGAUGUGGUAGCAAAUGAGGAUGCUGUCUCACUUGCGAGAGUGGAAGAGGAACCCGAGGCUGCUGCUCGGAAGUUGACGGAGACCGCCUUCUCGCGCGGCAGCGCAGACAACAUUACAUGCAUCGUGGUCAGAUUCCACCACGACAAGUUUGAGGUAGAUCAGUCUCCUUCUCCUCCUCCCAACAGCUAUUCAGGCUUGACGUCUUGAUGCAGUCUUCCCAUCCAUAUAUAUAUAUGUAUCGUUGGCUUGGUGGUGUGUACAACAUAACCUGCUCCUCGUGUGUUCCUCGAUCUCCCCUGUCAGCGGUCUAUUGGCUGAUAAUUCCUCUUCAUUUAUUUAUUUAUUUUCCAAGUUAUAGGAAAUCCCCAAAGAAGAGCGUUCUGUUCCUGUUUCAAUCUGCUCCGAAUGGUAUAACACAAUUUUAGAUUCA